CGCUGUCCCUGUCCGUCUCUUUUCCCUCCCCCUCCCUCUCUCCCGUGUGUGUGUGAGAGAAGCAGUGAGAGAGCUGCAGGCGCUGUUGUAGGAAGGGGAGUGAGCUCAGCUCAGGGCUGCAGCCUCCCCUCUGCUCCUUCUUUGCCUAUUUUAGUCACAUCUCCCCGCCCGGCCGCUGCUCCCUCUCACUGACACGACAACUUUGCAGCACAUGAUGCAGCCUGCAGGUAUAAGAGAGAUGGCUACAGAAAGCAUAUUGAUCACAACUUUGCCAAUGGAUUUUAAUUCUCAGAUGAAUAAUGUUACAAUUGGUUUAAAUGACAAUGAAACAUUGUGUGAAAACUGGAGAGAAAUACACCACUUAGUUUUUCAUUUGGCAAACGCAUGCUUUGCCGCAGGACUCGUUAUUCCAAGCACUCUGAAUCUUCACAUGAUUUUCCUACGUGGUAUGCUGUGUCUAGGUUGCACUUUCUUCAUCAUUUGGGCUGUACUCUUCCGAUGUGCUUUGGACAUAAUGAUAUGGAAUGCUACCUUCCUUAUCAUCAACUUCAUGCAUUUUGUAUACCUAGUGUAUAAAAAAAGACCAAUCAAAGUUAAAAAUGAUUUGAAGGAUAUCUAUCACAGGAUGUUUGAGCCUCUCCAUGUAUCUCCAGAAUUAUUCAAUCGACUUACUGGGCAGUUCUGUGAAAUGAAGACCUUAGCAAAAGGCCAGACAUAUGCAGUAGAAGAUAAAACGUCUGUUGACGAUCGUUUAAGUCUAUUACUUAUGGGAAUAAUGAAGGUGUCCUAUCGAGGCCAUUUUCUGCAUACUAUUUCUGCUAAUGCUUACAUCGAUUCUCCUGAAUUUCGAUCAACAGAAAUGAACCGUGGGGAAACAUUUCAGGUCACUAUCACUGCAGAUGAGAACUGCGUAUUUUUAUGCUGGUCUCGAGAAAGACUAACAUAUUUUUUGGAAUCUGAACCUUUUCUUUAUGAGAUAUUUAAAUAUUUGAUUGGUAAAGACAUUACAACCAAACUAUACUCGCUCAAUGAUCCCACAUUGGGAAAGAAGAAAAAACUAGACACUCAGCCUAGUCUCUGCUCUCAACUGUCUGUAAUGGAGAUGAGAAACAGUUUGGCCAGCACAAGUGACCAUGAAGAUGGCUUGCAGAACUUUCUGCGAGGAACCUCUACUACCUCAUCACAGCGUUAUUCUCCUUCAAUGAGAGCAUCAUCAAUGAUGAAACCUAUCGAGGAAGAUGCUGAGGAUGAAGUCUUCAAGCCAGCAUAUUCACCAAAAAUCUAAAUUUUCACAAUCACAGAGUUUACCAGGCAGUUAUAUCCAGCAGAACAAUGGCUGAUUUCAGAAGGCACUACAACAGCUCUAUUGUUUCUUCCUUUCUAUUCUAAGAAUGCUUUGAGAAAUGUGUUCCCAAGCAAUAUAAAAUAUUGUUCUGGUAUGCACAAUAGGAAUAGAACACCAAAGCCUCAUUUAUUUGAUACCUUUUGUUUUUCUUCACAGGAAUACCCAAUGAAAUAUAUCACAAGCUUUAAAUUACCAUCAUAUUGUCCUUAAAGCACAUAUAGAUAUUUUGGGACAGUAUUUUAGAUGGAGCCAAAAUGUUUCACAAUUUAAUAAUGAAUGCAGUGGGUUUUUUUUGUAUUUAUUUAUAUAAACUACAGUAGUUAAUUCAAA